AUGCAGCGUCCACAAACGUACGGGCAGUCGCCUCCCUUGCACCACCCUGUACCCCAGCAUGUCUCGACGGUUCCCCAGCUGCGCUCGCCCCCUCUUCCCGUGUCGCAAUCGCAAUCGCAACAAGGCUACAACAGCCCCUAUCAGCAGCAAGGCGGCGCAAGUGGGAACGUUUUCGGCGCAUAUGGACAGUUCAUGAACGACCCCACGGCGCAAGUCGCGGCACAGUUCGGACAGUCGGCCUUCAGGCAUGGCCAGGAGUACAUGGAACAGAAUUUCAAUCGAUACGUCAACGUCAACGCCCUGAAACACUACUUCAACGUCUCAAACUCCUAUGUCAUCAACAAGCUAUUCCUCGUCCUCUUCCCUUGGAGGCACAAGCCAUGGUCGCGCAAGCAGUCCGUUGGGCCUAGCGGCCAGGAGGGGUGGUAUCUCCCGCCGCGCGACGACAUCAACAGCCCAGACAUGUACAUCCCCGUCAUGGCCGUGGUGACGUACAUCCUCCUUUCCACCCUCAUUGCCGGUCUUCGCGGCCAGUUCCAGCCCGAGCUUCUUGGAUACACGGCGUCGACGGCUCUGGUAAUAGUGGUUGCGGAGAUCCUGGGUCUGAAGUUGGGCUGCUAUCUGUUGGGCAUCUCGAACGACUCGCAGCUCUACGAUCUGAUCGCGUACUCAGGCUAUAAGUUUGUUGGUAUCAUCGUUACCGUUGCGGUGGCGGAGACCUUCAACGGCGGCAAAGGCACAGGUGGCUGGAUUGGCUGGUCGGUGUUCCUCUACACGUUCCUGGCCAACUCGCUGUUCUUGAUGCGGUCUCUCAAGUACGUCCUCCUGCCCGAGAACUCGGCCAAUGGCGUUGGCCCUAUGCAGACAGGCGAUUCCCGGGCCAAGCGGAACCAGAGAACCCAGUUCCUGUUCUUUUACUCGUACAUUGUCCAGCUGCUGUUCAUGUGGAUCUUGACGAGGCCUUGA